AUGAAGUCACUUCUAGUUCCUCUUACUGAGCAGGAAAUAAAAGAGGCUUUGUAUUCGGUAAGCAAAGAUUCGAAUUCAAGAUUGGCAGAGAAAGGGCCCGUGCGAGCACGAACCAAAGGAAGGUGCCAAGCCGAAGUGUACAAAUCUCAUAGGUCAAUAUCUGCUCAGUCUCUGUUAGCAGCUUCAGUAGGAUUCAGGUCUUUUCUUUCUUUCCUGCGAGUGGGGAAGUCCGGAUCGAUCCGUCGAAAGAGAAGCCAUCUCAGUCUAAAUGGAAGUAGACCAAGUAGUUUCAUAGGAAGAAAUGUGAAAGUAGGGGCUGCUAAGCGCCCAGACCCAGAAUUCAUUGAAAAUGGAGUUCUUGGUACCGGGCAAACAGAAAUAAUAUGA